CACCUCUAUUUUGACUAAGGAAAUUGUGGCAUGAUGCUUUAAUUACCAUGAUCACUUGUGAUCCAAACUAUGGUAACCAUGGCACACCUUAAUGAAUCAGAAAGACCAUUUCCUCUUCUUCUUCAUCUGCUUCCCUUUUCCAUUAUCUUACCUUUACUUGUUCUCACCAUCAUCAUCUUCAAGCUCUUUCUGAAACCAUCAAAACCCCUUCACCUCCCACCAGGCCCAACUCCAUGGCCACUCCUGGGCAACAUCUUCCACCUGGGGAAAAAAACACACAUAACCCUCACAACUUUCGCCAACACUUAUGGCCCUCUCAUCUCCCUCAAGCUCGGAACCCAGCACCUCGUUGUUGGAUCCUCCCCCUCCGUCGCAUCAGAAAUCUUGAAAACCCAUGACCGGCUCCUCUCAGGCCGCCAUGUCCCCCAUGCCUUCCCCACAGAAACCUCACAACUCGACCACACAUCCAUCGGCUGGACCUCCGAGUGCCACGAGGGGUGGCGCUCCCUUCGCGCCCUGUGCAGGGCCGAGAUGUUCUGCAGCAGAGCUCUGGAGUCUCAGGCCCUCCUGAGGGAGAAGAAAGCAGGAGAAAUGGUGGGGUUCUUGAGGUCAAAAGUGGGCAGUGAAGAAGGAGUGGAUGUUGGGGAGAUGGUGUUUGCAACUGUGCUGAACAUGUUGAGUAAUGUGAUGCUAUCCAGAGAUGUGAUCAGAUUUGAGGGCGAUGGGGUGAUGAAAGGGCUUAUCAGGAGUGUUAUGGAGGUUGCUUCUGCUCCAAAUCUCUCUGAUUUUUACCCUUUUCUGCAGAGGUUAGACCCCCAAGGUCUGAGGAAAAGGGCACUGGGAUUGGGUAUGAGGAUUAGAUCUAUGUGGGAGCCUAUAAUUGAAGAAAGAAGAGAAGUCAGAUGUAGUAGUGGUGGUUCCAGCCACCAAGAUUUCUUGGAUACUCUUCUUGAUAAGGGCUUUUCCAAUGAAAGAAUCCACCAGUUAUUCAUGGAGUUAUUUGCUGCUGGGACAGACACUAGUACCUCAACAAUAGAAUGGGCAAUGGCAGAGCUGAUAAAAAGUCCAGAAUCCAUGGAAAAGGUGUACAAAGAGCUCAAGAGAGAAAUCAAUGGAGGAGACAUCAGAGAAUCACAUCUGGUGCAUUUACCUUAUCUCCAAGCCUGUGUGAAGGAGACUCUGAGGCUACACCCUCCUGCACCACUGCUGCUUCCUCACCGCGCUAUUGAAGUGUGCCAAGUGAUGAACUAUACCAUCCCGAAAGAUGCUCAAAUCCUGAUAAACGUCUGGGCGGUUCAGAGAGAUGCUUCGAUCUGGGAUGAGCCACUCAAGUUUAGGCCCGAGAGGUUCCUCGAAACCGGUCUGGAGUUCAAAGGGAACGAUUUCGAGUUCUUGCCAUUUGGUGCAGGAAGGAGAAUCUGCCCGGGCCUCCCCAUGGCUGCAAAAACUGUUCCUUUGGUUUUGGCUUCAAUGAUUCAUUCCUUUGAUUGGAGCCUCCCAGAUGGCAAAAACCCCAAAGAUCUCAACAUGAAUGAAAAGUUUGGUGUCACAUUGCAGAAAGAACAGCCACUGUUCUUGAUUCCCAAAACCAGAAAAAAUAUGUGAUUUUUGUAUAUCUUUCUGUUCAAUAAAAGUGAUAAUGGGUUAUCAA